AUGACGAGCACGCACUGGAAACCUCUGGCAGACGCUAAGCGCCAGUCGAUUCUCGAUGCAAUUCCUUUUAAAUGGAGGAUCCAGGAGUCGAUUCCCACUGCUACAGAGCUGCGCAACGUGACAGGAGCGUAUAUCCAGAAAUUCCUGACCACCCGAGAAAUCGAGAUUACGGAACUCGACGCGUAUGGUAUCGCUGACAGAACGACUACCGGGGAAUGGUCGGCUGUUGAAGUGACUGAGGCGUUUUGUCAUCGGGCAGCCCUCGCUCACCAGCUUGUGAAUUGUCUUCACGAAAUAUUCUUCGACGCUGCUAUCGAGGAUGCAAAGCGGCUCGAUGCCUACUUCGCAGAACACAAAAAGCCUAUUGGGCCUCUGCAUGGCGUCCCAGUUAGUCUGAAGGACCAGUUCCACGUGAAAGAUGUAGAAACCACAAUGGGAUAUGUCGGCUGGGCUGGCACAUUCCAGGGUCUAAAAGACGACCCUAGGAAUCGAGUAUUCGAAAGCGAACUUGUCCGUGAACUUCGCGCCCUUGGGGCAGUCUUAUACUGCAAGACCAGCGUCCCCGCGACGCUGAUGUGCGGAGAAACAGUCAACAAUAUUAUUGAUUACACAACAAACCCAAAUAACAGGCUUCUCUCGAGCGGAGGUAGUUCAGGCGGCGAGGGAGCACUCAUCGCCCUCAAGGGAUCGCCAGGCGGAUUUGGCACUGACAUUGGUGGGAGUAUCCGCGCCCCUGCUGCGUUCAACGGGCUGUAUGGGAUUCGACCUUCUUCAGGGCGUAUACCGUACGAAGGCGCCGCCAAUUCGAUGGAUGGCCAGAACACCAUAUUAUCGGUUGUUGGGCCGCUUGCUGGUACAGCGCGCUCGCUGCAGCUCUUUUUCAAGGCCGUUCUCGAACAACAGCCGUGGCUUUAUGAUCCGCUCGUGCUCGAGCUACCUUGGAGGAGUGGAAUUGAACUGGAUACGCGGCGAUUAGUGGAGCAGUCUGCGAAAGAGCCUUCCAAGCUUGCGUUUGCGAUAAUGAAGGAUACUGGGGUUGCUAAGCCUCAUCCUCCAAUUGCGAGAGCUUUACAGAUUGUGGAACAGACGUUGAAGCGACUUGGUCACACGGUCAUCGAAUGGACCCCUCCUUCGCAUAUAACCGCCGAUGAGCUUGCAGGCGCCGCUUAUAGUAUGGACGGGGGCGCAGAUGCCGAAUAUCACCUCGGCCUCGCUGGGGAAAAACCCGCACCGCAGGUUAUACUGCAUACUGGACUCUCCCAAAAGACAGCGCUAGAGGUUGCCGGAAUCAACGUCGCAAAGCGCGAGUACCAGAAACAGUACAUGGAUUACUGGAACUCCACAUCUCAAGCCACUGGUACAGGGAGGCCAGUUGAUGCCGUAAUUUGCCCCGUUGCGCCUCAUGCUGCUGUGAUACCGACUCGCUAUGACUAUGUUGGGUAUACCUCGUUUCUCAACCUGCUGGACUACACCAGUGUAGCGAUCCCGGUCACGCAUGCGGAUAAGAGAGUUGAUGUAGCGCAGCCCCGGGAGUUCUUGAGUGAAGUCGACGAGAAGCUGUACAAUGGCUACGAUGCGGAUGUGUAUGACGGGGCGCCGGCCGGGGUCCAGCUGUUCGGGCGGCGACUACAGGAAGAGAAGAUGCUUGUGUUGGCAGAGUAUGUUGGAGCCGCUGUCAAGGCAUGA